CGCCGCCUUGUUUCCCCCCCCCCCCCCGAAGAAGCCAUCUCUGAAGCGCUUCCCACCUGCCGGGCGCUCUACCGAGCGCCCAUCUUUCAUCCGGACGGUUCCCGUGGGUCUCGGAUAAAGACCCGCGUCCGAGCGGCCGCCAUGUCGGCCCACCCCAAGAGCUAUAACCCGUUCGACGAGGACGAGGAGGAGGAGCCGAAGCCCGCCCGGCGGGGAGACGCCGGGAACCCGGAGCCCCCCGAGCCCGGGGACGGGCAGCGGUCCCUCCGGCGGGAAGUCCUCCAGAGAGCGGAGGCCGCGGUGGGCAGCACCCAGCGAUCCCUCUCCCUCCUCUACGAGUCCGAGAAGGUCGGGGUUGCGUCCGCGGAGGAGCUGCUCCGUCAGCGAGGGGCCCUGGAGCGCACCGAGCGCACGGUGGACAGGAUGGAUCGCGACCUGACCACCAGCCAGCGGCACAUCAACAGCAUCAAGAGCGUCUUCGGCGGGCUGGUCGACUACUUCAAACCCAAAGCCCCCGAGGCGGCCGCCGCCCCGGAGCCCGGCGGCCCGCCCCCCUCCCGGUCCGGCGCCCGGCUGAAGGAAGUCACGGAGACCAGCAGAAGAGAGCGAGAGGCGCGGUACCAGGCCAGCCACCCCAACCUGAGGAAGCUGGAAGGAGCAGGCCAGUACGUCGCUCGGGCAGCCGGCUCUGCCGCCGGCCCCGACCCGUACCCGAAGAAUCGGCACCUCCGAGCCUAUCACCAGCAAAUCGACAGUAAUCUAGACGAGAUGUCCAACGGGCUGAGCCGCCUGAAGGACGUGGCGCUGGGCAUGCAGAGCGAGAUCGAGGCGCAGGACGACCUGCUGGACCGGCUCUCCACCAAGAUGGACAAGCUGGACCUCAACAUCCAGGCCACCGAGAGGAAAGUCCGCCAGCUGUAGCCGGGGCGGGGGCCGCACCCGGCCGGGGGCGACCGUCCGUGCCCAGAACGAGUGGUUCGGAAAGGCUG